AGGAUAUCCAAGUGGCUUUACACUAAUUUCUCCUUCUUUAACGAUCUGCACCUGAGCAUGACAUAAUUUCACGAGGACUACAUUUAUUUAACGGAAGUUAACGAAUACAUUACAUCAAAGUCAACUUUUGUAUUUGAGAAUCGAGAUUGAAAUAAUAAGCCAAAAAGAUGUCUAAGAGAUCUGCUGACAGUGUGGACUCCAGUUCUCAACCUCCUAUUAAGAAGGUUCAAUUUGAGCCUAUACUUAUUGGACCUAUUUCCACUUUGGAGGAGAUGGAUAUGAAAGUUUUACAGUUCCAGAAUAGAAAGCUUGCUCAGAGGUUAGAGCAAAGGCAUCGUGUAGAAACCGAGCUCAGGCAAAGAAUAGAACAAUUAGAAAAGCGACAAACUCAAGAUGAUGCAGUGCUAAACGUUGUUAAUCGCUAUUGGAAUCAGCUUAAUGAAGAUAUUCGUGUGUUAUUACAACGAUUUGAUGCAGAAACUGCAGAUGAAUCAGAAAAUAAAAAUGAAAGUGAAGCUACCACUUCUUUUCUAAUGCAACUGUCUUCCUGGGAUAAAGAAGAAUUAGACGACAAACUUGCUCAUCGUGUACAAGUUUCUAAGCGUGCUGUCUCUAAAGUAGUACAGGCUUUUGAUAGACUUUCUCAAAGAAAUGAAAAGAUUACAAUGGCUUUGAAAGGAGAAUAUGAUGGUGAAGAAGCACCAAACAUUGAUGAAGUUGUAAAGAAAGCUAAUAGUGAAAUUCAAAUGGAAAAUAGAAAUUUACAAGCAAUAAAUAUUCAACUGCAUGAAAAAUAUCAUACUAUUUCUCUAAAAAUGUCAGAACUACAAGAUACUAUUACUGGUAAAGACACUUUGGCAGCUGAACUUCGUAAUCAAAUAGACGAUUUACAGUAUGAACUUAACAAAGUAAGAGCAAGAAAUGAUAAAUUAGAACAUCAUCUGGGUGAAGCUAUUGAAAAACUUAAAACAUUCCAACAAAUUCAUGGUUCAGAUGAAAAAGGAAAUAAUAAACCUAAUACUAUAGUUGCUACGGGAGUAUCACAAACUAAGUUGGAGGAUUUACAAAGAGAGUUGGAAGAAACUCGUGAAUUAUCUAAUAACAGAUUACAGGAGUUAGAUAAGCUGCAUCAACAACACCGAGAUGCUUUGAAAGAAGUAGAAAAGUUAAAAAUGGAUAUCCGGCAAUUACCAGAAUCAGUUAUUGUUGAAACAACAGAAUACAAAUGUUUGCAGUCACAAUUUUCAGUUUUGUAUAAUGAAUCAAUGCAAUUAAAAACACAGUUAGAUGAAGCACGACAACAACUUCAAUCAAGCAAAAAUGCUCAUUUGCGUCAUAUUGAAAUGAUGGAGAGUGAAGAAUUGAUGGCUCAGAAAAAAUUAAGAGGUGAAUGUAUUCAAUUAGAAGAUGUGUUAGCUCAAUUGCGGAAAGAGUAUGAAAUGCUACGCAUUGAAUUUGAACAAAAUUUAGCAGCUAAUGAACAAACAGGUCCUAUUAAUAGAGAAAUGAGACACCUCAUAACCUCGUUGCAAAAUCAUAAUCAACAACUAAAAGGUGAAGUUCAUCGUUAUAAGCGUAAAUACAAAGAGGUUUCUUCUGAAGUUCCUAGACUCAAGAAAGAAGUCGAAGAAUUAACAACAAAGCUUGGACAACAAAUAGCUCAAGAAAAUAAGGAGGGUAGUAAUUCUGAUGGUAGUGGAAAGGAAGAAGACACUUCCAAUUCUCUGCCAGGAUCUGGUCAAAUAAAAGAAGAAGGUGGUAUGACGAUAAAGAGAGAAGGUACGGAUGAAGAUGCUGACAACGAAUUAGGAGAUGGAGAUAAAGCUAAUUCUGAUUCACAUAAUUUAUCAUCCCCAACUCUUAAAAAAGAAAAGGAUAUUAAACGCGAGAAAGAUAUAAAGAAAGAGUCAAUUAAAACAGAACAUCGGGAUCCAACACAUCGAACUAAAGACGUUAAAGUUGCGGAAUCUGAAAUAGUGAGAGAAUUGAAAAUUCAGUUGAAGAAAGCUGUUAAUGAUAUGAAAGAAAUGAAACUGCUUUUGGACAUGUACAAGUCUCUCAGUAAAGAGCAACGCGACAAAGCUCAACUAAUGGCCGCUGAACGUAAAACUAGAGCUGAAUUAGAAGAAGUGAAACAGCAACUGAAAAAAAUUCAGGUUAAUAUGGACGGAAAACGCGAAGAACGUAAGAAAUUGGCCGAUGAAGAUGCUCAAAUUAAAAUAAAAAAAUUGGAAGAGCAGGCUUAUUCGUUACAAAGACAGGUUGCUACACAGAAACAGGAUCGUGUUUUCUUGCAGGAAGAAGAAGCUCUUUUGAAUGAGAUGGAAGUCACAGGGCAAGCAUUCGAAGAUAUGCAGGAACAAAAUUCUAGAUUAAUUCAACAGUUACGUGAAAAGGACGAUGCUAAUUUCAAGCUAAUGACUGAAAGAAUUAAAAGUAAUCAAUUGCAUAAACUUGCUAGAGAAGAGAAAGAUGUUCUGAAAGAGCAAGUUUUAACACUAACAACCCAAGUGGAAGCAGCUAAUGUGGUUGUAAGAAAAUUAGAAGAAAAAGAACGUUUGCUUCAAAACUCAUUGGCUACCGUUGAAAAAGAGCUCGCAUUACGUCAACAAGCGAUGGAAAUGCACAAAAGAAAAGCUAUUGAAAGUGCUCAAUCUGCAGCAGAUUUAAAACUUCAUCUUGAAAAGUAUCACUCUCAAAUGAAAGAAGCUCAACAAGUUGUAGCUGAAAAAACUAGUUCUUUAGAAGCAGAAGCUUAUAAAACCAAAAGACUACAAGAGGAGAUAGCUCAAUUACGGCGUAAAGUAGAAAGAAUGAAGAAGCUCGAAAUGGCUGAAACUGUAGAUGAAGUAAUGGCGGAAGAACUUCGAGAGUACAAAGAAACGCUUACGUGUCCAUCAUGUAAAGUCAAAAGAAAAGACGCUGUGCUUACGAAGUGCUUCCAUGUCUUUUGCUGGGAUUGUCUGCGAACUCGAUACGAGACACGUCAAAGAAAAUGUCCAAAGUGUAACUGUGCCUUUGGAGCCAACGACUAUCAUAGACUUUACUUAUCGACAUGAAGGAAAAGGUAUUAAUUUAUUCAAAAGUAGUCGUAUACAGUACGUCAUCUGUGAUGACAGCUAUUCAUAAGUAUGAGCUUGAAUGCGCAUUUCACUUUUAUACUUUUGUUACAAUUGGUGUAUACUUUUUUCUUAGUAGAGUGAGUGUGACAAUGUACAUAAAUUAUAAACUUCAGUGACUGAUACGUUCAACAAAAAAAUUUGCCAUGUGUAUAGUAGCAUUAUAUUCAACUGUCAAAGCAAUUUCAGAAAAAAACAGCCUUCAAAUUUAAUUGUAUUCAUCAAACAAGGCAGUUAUCUGCGAUUAAAGUCGCGUAAAUUUGUAAUUUAGUAAAUGUCUCGUAUCACUUUUUUCUAAUUUAGCUUAUAAGAUAAAAGUUCAAAGAUAUGAGGUGUCUCUUAAAUGUAAAAAAUGUAGGUAGUAUUCUUUCAAUUAUUUUUUUUAUUAUUUACACUUUAAAGUGAAUCUUAAACGGGCGUUUAUCAUUUUAAUUUGUUUCAUAAAACCAUUUUUAGUGUUUUUAAUUAAUUAAUUAGGUAAAUUAUUUUUUUUGUUAAAAUUACAUGUAAAUGAACAUAAUUUAUCCCAAAAUGUAAAUAAACGCAUGAACUCUGUAAUAUUUUCAAUUUUCUACUGUACAGCAGUUCGUUUUAAAUAUGUACAGAGUGAUGUGGAUAUUGAUAAUUGUAACGAGUGAAGGAAGCAGAAUAUAAUGCUGUGAUUAAGCAUAAUAUACUUUGAAAUAAACCUGUCAUCCAACUAUAUUUCAUGAUUAUUAUUUUUUGGUGUUCAAUCAUUUAUGUGAAAGGUCAGUCAUUUAUAUUUAAUUGCAAAAUUGUGUGAGUGAACAAUAUCAAAAUGAAAAAUAUAUUUAUAAACUUAAUAUAAAUUUCCAUUUAUUACACGUUUCAUAUAUCAAUGUGUAAUAAAUUAUU